AUGUUGGCGCGUCGGCCCCGACCAACGCCGCGCCUGUCGCCGCAGUGCACGUUUCGUCGUUGGCUGGCCAAGAAGAAGAAGGGCGGCAAUCGCGGGACCAAGGGCGGCGGGGGCAAGGGCGGCGAUGCGGCGCGAACCAAGGGCGGCGAGGGCACGCCCGGGCAGUUUGUGGCACGGCUCGAGCAUGUGCACAAGGUGCUGCCGGGCGGGCGUGUCCUUUUCAACGACGUCUCCCUCGGCCUUCUCUCGGGCGCCAAGGUUGGUAUUCUGGGGCCGAAUGGCGCUGGCAAGUCAAGCCUUCUCCGCCUGCUAGCCGGCACAGACUCUGAGCAUGAGGGCAACGUCUGGCGCGCUCCGUCGCUGCGGGUGGGUAUGCUGGAGCAGGAACCGCAACUGGACGAGUCGCGCUGCGUCCUCGACAAUGUCCUCGACGGCGUCAGCGACGCCCGCAACGCUCUCGAUCGCUUUGAGGCUGUGAGCGCACUCAUCGAAGCUGGCGGCGGCGGCGGUGGCGGCGGUGGCGGCGGUGGCGAGGCACGACCGCUCGAGUCGCUGAGCCUUGAGGAGGCACGACCGCUCGAGUCGCUGAGCCUUGAGGAGCUGCUGGGCGAGCAGGCGGCGGCGGGCGACGCGGUGGAAGCGCUCGACUGCUGGAAUCUCCGCCUCGAG